CACUUUCUUUCUCUAUACAACUUGGAAGCUUUCUCUCUCUCAAAGCAGCAAGGUCCUCCACCACCACCACCUCCAAUCUCCGUCUUUUACACAGAGAGAGAUACUGUGUGUGUGAGAUCAGUUUUUGGUUCAUGGAUUCCUUUUCUCUUCUACACAAUUCCAAGCAUCUAUUCUUGGUUUGAACAAGUUUUGGGCUUUUGGUGGUAAUGUGGUGUCUCACUAUAUGAAAGUUGCGAGUAUGGUAUCAAUCUGGCUAAAGGUAUUCUGGAACAUCACUUGAAAGGGAUCCUAGAUUCUGACAAACCAAGGAAAUUGCUCGAAGAUUUUCGAAUUGGCAAGCUCAUCACAGGUUGGCAAGAUAGAAGCAGAGAAAAUGCUUAUUCAAAUGGUUGAAACUGAGUUGGAGAAGAGAAAGCAACAGGGCACAUAUAAAGGAGGAUUUGGGGGGCAGUCCCACUUUUUUGGCUAUGAAGGGAGAUGUGGCUUGCCAACUAAUUUUGAUUCUACUUACUGCUAUGCAUUGGGUUAUGGUGUUGCAGCCCUCCUUCAAAGUGGGAAGACUGGAUUAAUAUCAUCAGUUGGUAAUUUAUGUGCUCCUGUAGAAGAAUGGAUUGUUGGUGGAACUGCACUCACUUCAUUGAUGGACGUGGAGAGGAGACAUGGUAUGCAUCAGCGGUGGCAAUAGAGAGCCAGUCCAAGUUGGAUGACGAGCAAUGGCUAGCUUAUUAGAUCACCUAUUCGUUUGUCACCCUUGCGGAAAUGAUUCUUCAACCUAUCUUAGAGUGGCGAGUUAGAAAUUAUAUAUUUGUACGAAUGAAUCAUGCAUAAACAUAUUCUCUCAUUGAAUUUAUUUAUUUUCAUUGGAAUUUAUCUUGAAUUUUAUCAAAGAGGUUUAACUGUUUAACUCAGAAACUUGAACAAGUGUGUCAUAAAUCUCUUAAUAAUCAUCUUUGUGAUUCCUACGGACUACGGAUCAAAAAGAAAUUGUUGAUUAAUAUAGUUAGGAAAAAAUGAUUAUAAAAUUUGAAAU